AUGCGCGCGUUGACCCCGUUCCUCAAGACAAGUCUGCAUGCGGUGCUGACGGCCCCGCUCCAAGAUGUCCUGGACACACGAGAGCGAGAUGGAGCCAACUACGGGAUGAUGGGACCACACAUUGUGCUUGUGUCUCGCGUGGAUCCGCAGACAAAUGCCGUCCUUGUCAAUGACGGCACCCACUCGAUGUGGGCGUUCUUACCGCCGACGUCCGUGCAAGCAUGCCAUCGGAUGUACCCACACAUUCGUGCCAUGAAGGACUUCCGCGGGUGCGUUUUGCGUGUGGAAGUGUGUCAUUUCUCGACGACUGGCCGCGUUUCUACGGCCUUUCAAUCGACGACAAGUUUGGGUCGGAUCUGCCUCCACAUCACGUGCAUGGAGAUCAUCGACGUUCCGUCCAUCUCCCCGAACGAAUCCCCGCAUGUUCUCAAUGAUCCAUCGGUUGCCUCCCUCGUGGACAUGCCGCUGGCGCGUCUGGAACCUCGCCUGCUUCCUCACAGCAUCGCCUCCCCAAUCACGUCACACCAUCAACAGCAUCCCACCAACACAUUCAACCACGCGUACAUGUUCCACGAGCAGCACCCACUGACGUUAGAAGACUGCAUCAUUCCAUCCGACCAGUGGCGACAGCUUGAAGGCCUCGUCAUGGACAUGACCGACUCGCAGUUGAUCGCCCAGAACGGCAGUGUGCCCAUUCCGCCCUCUUCUCAAAGUCAGCCACCCGCCGCUGCGCUUCCGCACUCGACUGCGUCCGACCCCUCGUCCAUCACCAUGCUUCCAUCAACUGCAUCGCCAACCCACGACAUUAUCACUGACCAAGCGGUAGUUGAAGCCAGCAACCUCCCCACGACUGGCCCAACCCAAGCCUCGUCGGCACCUUCCCCCGCUCGACCCUAUGCCUUUUGCCACCAAAGCCUUCCCGACAACUUUAUCGUCGACCCCGAUUCAUCCUCCGCCUCUUCCUCAAGUCCAACUCCACGACUCACUUCGACGCCCGCCCGUCUCCCUCGCAAUGCGACACCGGUACCAUCCAGUAUAGACAAGGAGAACUCGCCGCACGCGUCCGCCGGCACUCCUAUGACCACUUCCAGUGGCCAUUCCACGAGCAGCGGCUUCAAGAAGCAGCCCCUGGGCAACGCCACCAACUUGAUCCCGUCCCCAAACCAAGUAGAAGACGAACCGCAUGAUGCGUUGACAAGGAAAAGUCCCAUUCGAACGGCCGCCUUACGUCGCCGGACGAAGUCCACAGCGUCAAUGUCGUCGUCGUCUAGUACGAGCAACCGAUCCCAAUUCUCGUCCCGGUACGACUGGGACGACGAAACCAAAGACGACGCACCAGAUUUUCGGGGUCCUCACGAAAUUGCAAGCAACAAGCGAGUGAGGAAUCAAUCGACUUCGUCCGCCAUGGUUCCAGCCCCUGCUGCUGUUACUGGGUUCUCACAGUGGCAGACGCAACCCCCGACCCAGCCUGUGGUCCAUCCAUCCCAGCGAAGCGCCAAACGGCCGAGAUGGACGAGCUACGACAGGAAAGCGAACGACCAGGAAUUGAUGGCCGUGCUGGACGACCCCCAGCACAACAACAGCAGCAGCACGGACGACGACGACCAGAACCAGCAUCAUGUGACGCGAGAACCGGAUUUCUUUCGCGCGGUGCACUUUCGACCGUCGAUUCGACGCGGCGUCCUGUAUUCGAUCCAAAUGGCCACCCCCGAUUGUACGACCGCCGUGCUCGAGUUCAUUCAAGGCGCGCGACGGGGUAGUAGGUAGUACUAGUACUAGUACUAUUAAUAGUAUAGUUAUGUUUUGGCCUGUA